AUGUUGGAGAAAAUGCAGGGGAUCAAGCUUGAAGAGCAGAAGCCGGGACCCCAGAAGAACAAGGUUGUGGAGAAGGGUGGCCCAUACCCCCUAGUCAUCCUGCCCCAGUUUGGGGGCUACUGGAUCGAGGACCCUGAGAACGUGGGCACGCCAACGUCACUGGGAAGCAGCGUUUGUGAGGAGGAGGAAGAGGACAACCUCAGCCCCAACACAUUUGGCUACAAGCUCGAGUGCAAGGCUGAAGCCAGGGCCUACCGCAGACACUUCCUGGGGAAGGGGAAGAGGGGGUCCAAAGUGAAGACAGUGCAUGAGCGGAUCCCCUUGGCUGGACUCAGCAAGUUGCCCAGCGUCCCUCAGAUUGCAAAGGCUUUCUGUGAUGAUGCAGUGGGGCUGAAAUUUAACCCUGUCCUGUACCCCAAGGCCUCCCAAAUGAUUGUGUCCUAUGAUGAACAUGAUGUCAACAACACAUUCAAGUUUGGGGUCAUUUAUCAAAAAGCCAGACAGACCCUGGAGGAGGAGCUGUUUGGGAACAAUGAAGAGAGCCCGGCUUUCAAGGAGUUCUUGGACCUGCUGGGAGACACGAUCACGCUGCAGGACUUCAAAGGUUUCCGAGGAGGCCUGGAUGUGUUGCAUGGACAGACAGGGGUGGAAUCAGUGUACACGGUAUUCCGGGACAGAGAGAUCAUGUUUCACGUCUCCACAAAGCUGCCGUUUACUGAAGGCGACGCCCAACAGCUCCAGAGAAAGAGACACAUUGGCAAUGACAUUGUGGCCAUCAUCUUCCAAGAAGAGAACACACCGUUUGUCCCAGAUAUGAUUGCCUCCAAUUUCUUACAUGCCUACAUUGUUGUGCAGGCUGAGAACCCGGGCACGGACACCCCUUCCUACAAGGUCUCGGUCACUGCACGGGAAGACGUGCCCGCCUUCGGCCCCCCUCUGCCCAGCCCCCCUGUUUUCCAGAAGGGCCCGGAGUUCAGAGAGUUUCUGCUCACCAAGCUCACCAACGCCGAGAACGCUUGCUGCAAGUCCGACAAGUUUGCGAAGCUGGAGGAUCGGACGAGGGCGGCCCUCUUGGACAACCUUCAUGAUGAUCUCCAUGGCCACACACAGGCCAUGCUAGGGCUGGGCCCAGAAGAGGACAAGUUUGAGAAUGGGGGCCAUGGGGGCUUCCUGGAGUCUUUUAAGAGAGCCAUCCGUGUGCGCAGCCACUCCAUGGAGACCAUGGUGGGCAGCCAGAAGAAGCAGCACAGCGGGGGCAUCCCCGGCAGCCUCAGCGGGGGCAUCUCCCACAACAGCGUGGAGGUCACGAAGACCACCUUCUCUCCUCCCGUGGCAGCAGCAACGGCAAAGAACCAGUCGCGGAGCCCCAUCAAGCGGCGGUCAGGCCUCUUUCCCCGUCUGCACACGGGCUCUGAAGGCCAGGGAGACAGCCGGACACGAAGCGACAGCGCAUCCAGCACCCCCAAGACCCCGGAUGGCGGACACUCUUCUCAGGAAAUCAAGUCUGAGACCUCAUCCAACCCCAGCUCUCCGGAAAUCUGCCCCAACAAAGAGAAGGCCUUCAUGAAGUUGAAGGAGAACGGCCGAGCCAACAUCUCUCGCUCCUCCUCCAGCACCAGCAGCUUCAGCAGCACGGCGGGGGAAGGCGAGGUCAUGGAGGAGUGUGACAGCGGGAGCAGCCAGCCAUCCACAACCUCGCCCUUCAAGCAGGAGGUGUUUGUCUACAGCCCGUCCCCAAGCAGCGAGAGCCCUGGCCUGGGGGCGGCAGCCACUCCCAUCAUCAUGAGCCGGAGUCCGGAUGCCAAAAGCAGAAACUCCCCGAGGUCAAACCUGAAAUUCCGCUUUGAUAAGCUCAGCCAUGCCAGCUCCAGUGCGGGCCACUAAUGUGAAACAGGAGUGCUUCGCCUGUUAAAGGGAAGCCUCCAUUCUGUCCUGGAGAAGGCUCCUAGUCCAGCUCUUUGGGGGUGCCGUCCACUACUCGGACCAUCAAGGCCCAUUGCCCCACUCGGCCAUCUGCCCACCAGACGAGCUGUCUGUCUGUCCCAGUGUCCCCGUCCAGCCACAUCCCUGCAAGCACCUCACCAAGACCCUGCAAGCACCUCCCCAUCUCUGGACAAGGCCUCCUCCCUCGAGGCCCCCCCUCCUUGUCUCCUCCGGUGUAAUGUCUGUCUGGGUCAUUUGUCAUCUUGUUUUGUCUGCAGAGGAAAAGGGAGUUGGGCAAGGAGGGAUUGGGGUGCUGGGGCACUGUCGGGAGCUGGGGGGGCUCAUCUGCCACAAAGGCAGAGAGUGAUGAGGCGGGGAACAGAGACCAACAGCAGGGGCAUCCCUGUGUGUCCUCGGUCACAGUGCCUUCAUGGACAUGACAGGCUGGAGCCAGAGCAGAUGCAUUUAGUGGUGGUGGAGGGACCUCUUUUCCAGGAACCAAGAUUUGUACAAUCAGGACACCAUCCUGAUAAAAAUGAGCUCGGUGGCUCCCACGUUUCCAGGGCUUUGAAAUGUCUACUUGCUUCUGUGCUAAGAACUUCUUACCCAUCAACUGAUGUCAGGCCAGGGCUCCCUGUCCUGUUGCCCACGUAUCUCGGGAGGGACACUGGCCCGUUGAAGCUCAGAGACAGCUGGGCGUGUGCAGGAAGGGCGCUGCACACCUCCUUGACUGCAGCUGGAAUUUUCUGUCCCACCCAACUUGACGCGUGCUCCUCAUGAUGGUUGCUGUGAGAAGCUGCAUGUCACUGUCUCCCCUUUGAGAAGCCAUUUUUCCCAUGAAGGGGUGGGCAGGCAGGAGUGAGAGGGAAUUCAGGGAGAGUGGGCUUUGACUGAGGAAGACCUCAGGGCCUGAGAGCUCGGCUGGGAUGCACUGCUGGUGAGGGUUCAUGGAAGGCAGAAAUCCUUAACCCACCUGCUACUCAGGUAAGAGCAAGAGAGACACUGUCAGGGUCUGGUCAAGCUGAUCUGUGGGAAGCAGAACUGAGGUUUGGGGAGGGAGCACAACAUCCUUCAGCGACUUAUGUCCCUGGCAUCUGUAGGGGCUCAGCGCUGCCUCGGGAGCUGCUUCCAGCCACGGUGCCCUUCAGUGUACCUGGGCUCCGUCCCCCAGUCCUCCUCCUGCCCUCUCUAACUGUGGUCUGUGGGCAAUGGUCACAUUUGUGGAAGCCCUGCAGCCUGGCUGCCUCUGAGUGUGGUGCAGGCGCCCUGUGCCACCCGCACCGUCAGCCAGAGCCACCUUUGCUGGAACAAACCAGCUCACUUCCUGAGGAGCAGCUCCCCAGCUCCCCAUUCUUCCCAGUCUGGGGUGUGACAGGCCAUUUCUGACGCCUGGCCAUGGUGGGCUUUAAGGUGGCAUGUCCUCCAGGUGAAACAUGAAGUCUGAAGAGCAGGACCCUUGGAGGUGAUCGGCUUCGGUGCAUCUGGCGCCUCUGUGGUGUGGGGCUGCCAGGGUAGAGCCCUGGGCCUGCCCGCUCUCAUGAGUAGACAACAAGUAUUUCCAACAAUGCUUUAUUUAUAGAGGGAAAUGGGCUCGUUCCCAAGCCGAGGCAUAUAAAUGUUACACAUUUUUUUGACUGAUGUUGUGACAAUUUCCCCAUUGCUUUUGUCGUAAGAGCAAAAUCUCGAUCCUUUGUACCCACUCACGUGGCAAUUGAGGGAUUCUAUUUGCAGGCUGGGGUGACCUCUCCCCUUACACUGUUGGGAAAUGUGUGUAUAUAAAAUGCUAGUCUAGAAAAUCUGUUCCAGUUAGGAGAUCCACAGAAGAGCUGUUCAGCUUAACUGAGUCCUAUUCAAAAUCAUUUCAGCAGCACCCACUGCUGGAACGAGGCCCGUGGGUUCUGACAGCGUUCUGUUGGCUGGGUUUCUGAAGGAAGUAGAAAGGUCAAACUACAUUUCUUUAAAACAUAUUCCAGGUUUCUGGCUCGCCCCUCUGGGUAGCUCGUAUUGGUAGCUGCUUGAGGAUGUGUUGUGUUGCAUGGUCGUCUGGGGGCUCUCGGAGGUUUUCAGGGGGUCCCCACUCUGUCCUGCUCUCCCCAUCACUCUAGCUGCUUUCUGCUGCAGCCCCCACCUCCUGGGCGGGUUUGCUCCUGCCUCUGAGUGGUGGGUGGAGUCCCUAGAUGGCGCAAAUAGUUAAGCGCUGGACUGGUGACCUGCUUCUGAAAGGUCACAGCCUUGAAAGCCCUGUGGAGCAGUUCUACUCCGCAUACACGGGGUUGCUGUGAGUCGGGUUCUACUCAACGGCAACUGGUUUGGUUGGCUGUGUUGGUUCUGAGUAGUGGGCAGGAUGGUGGCAUGUGUCCAAAGGAACUAGGAGGCACUGAUGUGCUUCCUAAAAUGCACAGCUCUGAAAAUAGUCUGACCCUCUGUUUGCUAUUGGGAUGCUCUGGACAGGACCCGAAAUCUCGCUCCCUCUGAACCUUGCCUCAUCAUCUCUAGAAGGUCCAUCCUACAGCUUUUGGAGUGCGCAGUACCAGCCCACCUGAGGUCCCCAUACGGAGGGACGGAGGAGAACAAGGAUGGGGCCCAGUCUCCCCUCACCGGCCUGGACUGGAGGGCAGGCAGCUCUAGUUCCUGGAGGGCUUUCCCCCACACUCUCCCUGUGUCUGCUCUAAUCCAUAAAGUCUUUCCUUCAAUUGCUGCACCCAGGCUUCGGGCACAAAGGUUUGCUCAAGCCACAUGGAUUUUUGUGACCAGACUUGUUUAGAGGGUGCUCAUGCUGGCAUUUGAGGCAUUUUCACUUACAAUCUCCAUAAAAAGGGCAUUUCCUGGACACUCUGUGGCUCUGAGAGCUGCCUGAUUCACUGAAGAGACUACUUUCAGUGCUGUAGGGGCACCCACAUGCUGCCAGCUAAGUUGAUGCUUAAAAACAGAUGCAGAAAGAGCUCUAGAUAGAAGGUCUUAGCUGGAGUUUCUGUCUAUGCUAAUGAAUGUUAAUGAUGUUGCUUGGAAAAGAUUCUGUGGUUGAGCCUUGUCAAGAUUAUCUUCUUCCUGGACCUAAUAUAUCAUCUAGUCCAACCACGUCCUCAUACAGACGAGAAAACUCAGCCCCAGGGAGGGGACAUGACAUGCUUUAGGGUACGCACGCAGCUUUUGGCAAGGAUGGGGUUAGAACCCACAACCCAGGGACCUUUCCUCUGCACCAUCUACAUACUGGUGAAUAAGUGGCUGUGUUUCCCGGGGCCGUGGGCUUUGGAGAAGCCAGUAAGCUUGUGCCUCAGCUCUGGCCGGGAGGCAAUGCAGUCAAGGAUGCUGGUGGAGCCUCUCUCUCUGUUUUUUCCAUCUGGGGGGAGAUUCUAUUGGAUGUUUCAGUGAGGGUCUUGGGGUGUGGGAUGCAGCUUGGAAAACAAGGAGGGACGCGAUUCCAGUGAGCAGGUCCUCUCUGGCUCAGGCAGUCACCGAGGUGACACCGGUCUAUAAAGGGGUCGGAGGCCUGGGCAAAGAUGCAGUUAACCAACUCUCACUUGUCCGUUUUAAAAAAAAAAGUGGUAAAGGAAAUCUCUUCAAUUCUCCCUGAUUCCUAAAACAAAGGUGGUUAAUAAAACUUAGGUGACGGGGCAGGACGUGAACUCUUCACUUUCUUGCCCUGACCCUUUAAGGUGCCAGUGCAAACACUACCUUCUGCAUUCAUUUCUAAGUCAGUGGAGACAGGUCAGUUGCGGGGGAAUGGGUGGGAGUUCAGGUAGAUCUUAUGGCUACAGGUGGCCAGUAGGGACCAGGGCCAGGCAGCUGGGCUCAGGACUCCACAGCUCCUUGCUCAGCCUCUAGCUGCCCCUUUCUCAGAGGUGAAGGUGGGUCAGUAAACGCUCGCUAAGGCUGCCUCUGCAGCCUAUCUGGGGGGCUGGCUGGGGCACACCUCUGCCAAGCUCUGAUACGUUUUAUCUCUAGCCCCUUGCUCACCCCAGCCCCACAUCUCUCUCCUUUCAGCUGGACCAGGUGCUCAGUGGGGGCACCCACAUGUGCCCCUUUGGGGAGGAAGAAGUCAACCCCCACUAGGGUCAAGGGCAGCAGAUCGCUCCUAAGGGCAGAGAGGCGGUUGGGGCAGCGGCUCUGUCCUGUGCCUUACCAGCCAUGAGGAGGGGCUGUUUGGCUGGAAGACCGGAACUGAAUUGCCAUUGUCUUUGAUUUUGUGCCAUUUUUGCUUGGAAGGCCAAUCUCGCUUCCUGCUCCCUAGCAUGUGUGCUGACCCCCUUGUAUGAAUGUUACCCUUCGGCACUCCAGCCCGGGGAGUGCAGAUGUUUAAGUGUGAAGAGAUUCCUCUGUGUCAUAGAAUCUAAGAAGUGUAGCCUGGAAAUGAUGAUCUGUAUGGUGAUGAUUUUUCUUUCUUUUUUUCUUUCCUCUUAACGAGGAGGUGAUUUGUAGACCCCAAUUGCUAUGUAAUGUAAAUAGUGUACAUUUAAUUUAUUGCUAUGGUAGCACAUUGUAUUUGUUAAUGUAUAAAACAAAUUCUAAAGGGUUGACAAAUGUAUAUUUUGUUGCUUAAAUGUGUCUUUGCAGAAAUUGACAAUAAAUAACAUAUUUUGUGUCCAUCAGUGUUCAGACUUCUUUGCAUGGGGCCCCAGGCCUGAGUCUCGCCUUUCAGUCCACCAGAGGUUGCAUACUCGCAGCCCACAGGGAUACUGUAGAUGAGUUAUUCUGACCUGAAAAGUUAUGUAAAAUUUUUGAAUUAGUUGCUGUCUUAGUCAUCUUGUGCUGCUACAACAGAAAUACUACAAAUGGAUGGCUUUAACAAAGAAAAGUUUAUUUCUUCACAGUAAAGUAAGCUAAA